AUGAGUUUAAUUGUUCCUCAAACAUUCGUAUUUGAUUCUCAAAAUACGAGUGAUAAUGGGGAUAAAUCACCAUCAUUAAGAUCAACAUAUUCAACUGCGACAUCGAAUACACAUCGAAAACUUUCUCGAUCACCAUCACUUAAUCCAUCGGUAAUGAAUCGAGCAUUACGUUUACAAGCUGGCCCAUCAUCAAUUGAUAUUCCAGUUGAUUUAAGUGAUGAUGAUUAUGAUUUUGAUGAUAAUGCAUCAGCAAGAGAUAAUUAUCGUUUUGGUUCACAGAUUAUUCGUAAACGUCAUUCAAGACAAAAUUCAUUUGUAGCAACAACAAAUUAUCAAAAUUAUUUUCGUCCAUCAACACGUAGAUCUGAUCUUCUUGUUAUUCAAGCACCACCACCAGGAUCUAUUGCAAUUCCACCAAGACAUAAUUCAUUACAAAAUGGUGGAUAUGUAUCGAUUAUUGAUAAUCAAGCUGCUUUAAUGGCAGCAGAUGCAUAUAAAGAAGUACGUGGUCAAACACUUCUUCAUCUAGCUGCUCGUCUUGGUCAUGAUGAAAUCAUGCGUUUAUUAAUUAGUGAAACAUCACAAGCAAGUAUGUUAAUGAAUGCAAAAGGACAAACACCAUUAUUAACAGCUAUUGAAGCUGGUUCAACAUCAACAGCUACAUUAUUAAUGGAAUCCGAUCCGAGAUCAAUUAUUGCUAGUGAUAAUAAUGAUUCAAGUGCAUUUCAUUAUGCAUGUGAACACUGUAAUGAUGUUGUUCUACAUCGAGCUAUUGCUUUAUCUAAACGACUUAAUUCGACUAGUGAUCGAGUUACGGCAUUACGUCGAAUAAGAGAAAGAAAUCGGUCUGGUAAAACUCCAUUUGAUAUCGCUAUAGAAAAAGGUCAAUUGAAAUGUGUUAAACAUAUUGUUUUAUCAUCAUGGUUAGAAACAAAUAUUGAUAUGCGAGAAUUAAUUGAUGCUGUAUCAAUGAAAAAUGCUAUUGAUCAAGAACAGUUAGAUAUUUUAACUUUUUUUGUUACACAACCAAAACGUUUUGCUUAUAUUAUUCAUUUAUUAGUAAAUGUUAAUGGUCGAUAUUUUAAUUUGUUAGAGUAUGCAAUAUUAUUGAAGAAAAAAGAUAUUGUACGGUUAUUUAUCAGUGUACGUAUACCAGUUGAACAAUAUAAUUUUCGUCAUCAAUAUAAACAAUUUUUAAAACAUUAUAAUGAACCAUUUGUUCAAACAAAUUCUUCAUCAUUCUAUCAAACACCUAUACAACGUAUGUUAACGACACCGGAAUGUGUACCAUUAGUACCAUUGAUAUUAGAACAAUUUGUUAGUAAUCAUGGAAUUGAUUUAUCAAUUGUUGAUGAUUGUUUAUAUGCUCGACCGAUGAAAACAAGAUGUAUAUUUGGACGAACAAAACAUUUUUCAACAGAUAAUUGGCUUCAACAACAUCCAUUAACUUUAAUUGCAAAAGCUGAUUGUAAAGAUGUUUAUGAUCAUCGUUUAGUUCGUUUAUGUGUUGAUUUAAAAUUUAAUUUAUUUGGAAAUUUUCUUUAUUUACUUAUACUUUGUUGUCAAUCAACAUAUGUUGCACUUUAUACAGGUAUUGCAUUAGGUUCACCCACACCAUCCGAUCAAGGAACAAAUUAUUAUAAAAUGGUUAAUUAUUCAUGUUAUGAUUUAUGUAUAACAUUAACAAAUGAUCCAAUAAAACCUGCAACAGAUAAUUCACCAUUACGAGCUUUACGAUUAAUUUUACUUAUUUUAUCUGGUUUUGCUUUAUUAAAAGAACUCUUUCAAAUAUUAACACAACGAGAAAAAUAUUUUCGACGAUUUUAUAUUAAUCUUAUUGAAUUACAUAUGUAUGUUAGUGCAAUUAUAUAUUCCGUCGAUGUUAAUGAAUGUACACGUCAAACAGGUAUUCGAUGUUCAGCUCAAUGGAUGGCAGGUGGUAUUGGUUUAUUAUCAGUUUGGACAUCAUUAUUAUUAGUUGUUAUGAAUGGAAUAAAAUUUGGUAAACAUGGUCUUUUAUUUAUAACUGUAUUUGUUACAUUUUUAAAAUUUAUUGCUGUUUAUUUUAUGAUUUGGAUUGGUUAUAUCUUAGCUUUUUAUAUGAUUUGUAAAGAUAUUAUGGAACAAUUUCGAUUUUUUAAUUUUGUACCAAAAUUAUUAGUUAUGUUUAUUGGUGAAUAUGAUAUGGAUAGUACAUUUUUUUCGAAUAAUAAUGAAUUAAUGCCUGGUGCUGAAGGUGCACUUAUACUUUAUAGUGCUUAUGUAUUUACUAUGUUUAUUGUUAUGAUGAAUAUAAUGGGUGGUCUAGCUGUAGCCGAUGUAAAAGAAUAUCGUUUAAAUGCUAAACGAGAACAUUUACGAGCACGUAUUGGAGUUGUUUUAGGUUUUCAAGCACGUUUAGGUGGAUUUUGUGAAACAGUUGGUACUAUAAUAAGACAAUUAUCAAAAAAUGUUAAAAUAAUGAAUUUAUGGGAAAAAUUCAAUCUUAUACCAUUAAAAUAUCAUUUACGUAAACUUGAAAUACGUUCAUUUCCAAUAAAUAUACCACAUAAUCUUAAUCCAUCAAAUUUUUCUCAAUUAGCACCAUUAACACGACGUGAAGGAGUUGCUUUUCCUCAAUCAAUAUCAUCAUCAUCAUCAACAACAAUGGGUAUAUUUGAACAAGUACAUACCGAAACAGGUUAUUUCUAUCAUCAUGAUACAACACGUGAUGAUAGUUUAUUUAAUGAUGAAGAAAAUACACGUUUAAUUAAAAAAACUGAUGAAUUACGUGAUGCUAUUGAAGAAUCCGGUAUACGUACAAAUAAUGAAUUGAGAAAAAUGACAUUAAGUUUACAAAAUGAAUUGGAAGAUAUUAAACGAAGAUUAACACAACAGUAA